GGGAACCAGAUUUUCGCAAUUAUGGAGGAAGAAUUGACGGGAGAGCACAUUUGCAGAGUGUGUAGAAGUGAAGGGUUACCUGAACGACCUUUAUAUCAUCCUUGCGUAUGUACCGGAAGUAUUAAGUACGUCCACCAAGAAUGUCUUGUACAAUGGUUAAGAUACAGCAAAAAGGAGUACUGCGAGCUGUGCAAACACAAAUUUGCUUUCAAACCUAUAUAUGCCGCCGAUAUGCCAGGGCGACUACCAGCAGCAGAUAUUCUAAGUGGAUUAGCAAAAAGCGUUUUGCGGGCAGUUAAAUAUUGGCUGCAUUAUACUCUGGUGGCCAUUGCAUGGUUAGGAAUUGUCCCUCUGACUGCCUGUCGUAUCUACCGAUGUCUAUUCAGUGGAUCCUUAACUGCUUUACUAACUUUACCACUGGAUAUUAUGUCUACGAAUAAUAUCAUAUCUGAUAUCUUUAAUGGGUGUUUCGUUGUUAUGUGCACAUUGUGCGCCUUUAUAAGCUUAGUUUGGCUAAGAGAACAAAUAUUAAAUGGAGCGGGACCUGACUGGCUCGAGCAUGACUUUCUGCAAGGGGCAAAUUUCAUGAAUAUAAAUAAUAACAGACAACAAGACCAGCCUCAAGCUAACGCACAACAAGAUGCAGUAAAUCCAAACAAUGUAAAUAAUCCGCAACCUCAGCAGCGUCAACAACAGGAAAAUGCUGAUGACGGCUGGAAUCCCAUUGAUUGGGAUAGGGCGGCAGAUGAAUUGACAUGGGAGCGAUUAUUAGGUCUAGAUGGGUCGUUGGUCUUUAUAGAGCACGUUUUUUGGGUUGUGUCCCUAAAUACGCUUUUCAUUGUCCUCUUCGCUAUACUACCUUAUCACUUUGGACAAAUAGCUACGGAACUUCUUGGACUUAAGCCUCUAACAUUUCUUGCCCAAUUUGAGGGCGUUCUAACCACCGUCCUGGGUUAUGUUGUAACUGCCGCAAUUUUUGUUAUAGUUCAUACAGUUUCAACUAUCUUGGGACUACAAAAACUUAAAAGAAUUGUUGGUGUAUCCUACAUUGUCGUCAAAGUAUCUUUAUUAGUUGUCGUUGAAAUUGGAAUAUUUCCAUUAGUUUGCGGUUGGUGGUUGGAUAUUUGUUCUCUUCCAUUGUUUAACGCCAGCUUAUCUGAUCGUAAAAUGAGUGUUCGUACGGCACCAGGAACAGCCAUGUUCAUACAUUGGUUGGUCGGGAUGCUGUAUGUGUUUUAUCUUGCAUCUUUUAUUCUGUUAUUAAGAGAAAUGUUGCGUCCCGGAGUCUUGUGGUUUUUGAGGAACUUGAAUGACCCAGAUUUUAACCCAAUCCAUGAGAUGAUGCAACUUCCAGUUUUUAGACACGUUAGGAGAUUCUUAGCGAGUCUAGUUAUUUUUGGUACUACCGUAUUGGUCAUGCUCCAUUUACCAACCUUAUUCAUCAAAAAAUUCCUUCCUUCUUUUCUGCCUUAUCACGUAACAGUUUCUGCAGAUGCUCCUUUAUCAGAGCUUUCACUAGAACUUCUCUUACUUCAAGUUGUCCUACCAGCCCUCCUUGAACAUGGGUAUAUGAGACAAUGGUUAAAAACAGCCAUCAAGAGUUGGUGUAUCGGAGUAGCUAAUAUGUUAGAUUUGAGAAGUUACUUACUAGGCGACAUUCCGUUAGAAGAUGAUGUCGACGGACAAGACGAUGAACAUGCUCUUCUCCAUCCGGAGGAAGAAGAAGAAGAAGAAGUGGAAGACGAAGAAGAGGCGGAAGAAGGGGACGAAGUUGACGAAGAAACUGAAGAUGAAGAAGAGGAGGAGGCUGAAGACAGAAAUGAGGAAGCUGCUCCAGCUGCAGGAGAAGGCCUAGGAGCUGAACAUCAAGCUUUAUUACAUAUGGCUGGUCCCACCGGCUUUCAACCAUAUAGACGCCCUAAAUUUUUUGCAGUCAGACUAAUUCUCCUGGUACUAAUUUUAGCAACUACUCUCUUUGUAGUCAGCUCCGUUUCUCUAGUCGUUCCUGUAGCCGUUGGCAGAUUCAUAUUGGAUCGUGUUUUGUCAGAACUUUCUAUCACAGGUACUACAAAAAUUCACGAACUAUAUACAGCAGCAUGCGGAGCGUAUGCCUGCUGGUUAGUUACAAGAACUCUUACAGUUCUUUAUAAGUGGAUACCAAAGGGAUGGAAGGCAAUUUUUAAAGAAGUGUUCAAUUGGUUAAUAUUUGGUUUCAGGCUUAGCAUUAUUGGUUUUCUGUUCAUUAUAGUAAUUCCAUUUAUGCUUGGAGUUCUCUUUGAAACAGUCAUAGCCAUUCCCCUUCGAGUUCCACUAGACCAAAGUCCAAUUCUUUUCUUAUGGCAGGAUUGGGCUUUGGGUGUUCUACACACCAAAAUUAUAUGUGCAGUAACAAUGCUAGGACCUAAUAAUUGGUGGUUGAAACGAAACCUAGAGAGAGCAUAUAACGAUGGUUUAAGAAGAUUAUCCCUGAAAUUUUAUUUCUUUGAAUUAUUCCUACCAUCUGCUUCUAUUCUUGGUUUAGCACUGAGCAUACCCUACGUUGUUGGUCAUUCAAUAGCUCCGGCUAUGUUUGGUCUUGAUCAUCCGACAACGAUUUUGGUAGAAAGGAGGAUCUAUCCUUUGUCAUUGGCAGUUUUAUUAUUUUGCCGAGCAGCUGUAAUGCAGGUUAAACAAUUUAAAAAGCUAUACGAACAUAUAAAGAACGAUAAAUAUCUUGUAGGACAAAGAUUAGUAAAUUAUGAAAGAAGAACAGACUGAUGGUGAUAAUAUGCACAGUGUAUUUUUCAAUUUGUACAGUAUAUACUAUUUAGUCGCUCAAUAUAGUUAAAUUGUACAUUCGUAAGCUUUGAUUAAAUAGCUUACUUAUUACAGUUUUCUUCUCUUUGUA